AUCAGAAUCAGAGAGAGAGAGAGCUGCUAAUAGAAACUGCAGGAAUGUAGGAGAAGAUUGAGAGAUCAGUUCAGUUCAGUAUCAGCGUUCCUCUGCUGUUAUUCUUCAGCUGUAGGUCUCCUCUGCUUUUUUAUUAGAUCAGAUCAGAGCUGGUUACACUACAGCACAGGGUUCAGUCUGUUAGCCCGGCCAGGCUGCAGUAACUAUAACACUAGCCCAGCUAACUACAGUAAUAACACAGCAUGUCGGUGCAUUUCGAGGAGAGGAGCGGGGUCAUCCCCUGUAAAACCCCCUGGGGCUCCUGGUAUCAGACCAUGGAGGAGAUCUUCAUCGAGAUAAAUGUCCCUCCUGGAACAUCCAGUAAAGAAAUCAGGUGUAAACUGGGGAGCAGAGAGGUGGAGCUGAGUGUGAGAGGACAGGAGAUAUUUAAGGGAAAGCUGUUUGGAACAACAGUGGGAGACGAGGCGACGUGGACAUUAGAAGACAAAAAGCUGAUCAGGAUAGUUCUGAUGAAGACGAACCGGGAGGCUGGAAACUGCUGGGCUUCGCUGCUAGAGGGCCAGUACGCUGCAGAUCCAUGGGUGCAGGACCAGAUGCAGAGAAAACUCACACUAGAGAGGUUCCAGAGAGAGAAUCCAGGAUUUGACUUCAGUGGUGCAGAAAUCUCUGGAAACUUCCAUGGUGGUGGACCAGAUUUCUCCAGUUUGCAGAAAUAAAGCUGCAGUGAUCCAGAAGAGCAUGAGGACUUUAAACUGACAGACAUUUUGUGGGUUGUUUUUUGUUCAGUGGGGACAACUUGUUUUUCUUCCUCCCAUUCUUGAACUAACUAACGACUAACUCACAAGAAGCCUUUGAGUCAGAGUUGUUUCUUUAGGUUUACAGAUGCCAUUAUUUUUCAGCGAGAUGCUGUAAUGCCAUAGUUUGAACUGUGGACAUAAUUUGUAAUAAAUCAUUUGUUCAGGUUAA